AAGUGGCUGAGCUAUGGCUGGAGGACGCGACAGGGUGGCUCAUUUGCUUAAGCAGCUGCAGCGAGCAUCGUGAGUCUUUGCUCCUUGUGCCGGAAUUGCUUCGUUGUCUUCUCUUCAGUACUCAGACUGGGGGCGGGGUGUGUGUCUACCUCCAGCAAAGCCAUCCCGCUUCGCUUCUCACAGAGUUUUGAUCAGAUGCAGUUGUCCUGCCCAUUCCCACACUUACUCCCAAGGUACCAAACAUGCUGCUUUGGGGAAAACAGAUUAUGCCUUUGAGAUGGCUGUUUCCAAUAUCCGAUAUGGAGAGGGAGUUACUAGAGAAGUAGGCAUGGACUUGAACAAUCUGGGUGUUAGAAACGUUUGUGUGAUGACAGAUAAGAACAUUUGUCAGCUUCCUCCCAUGAAAGCAGUAUUGGAUUCUCUGACAACGAAUGGCAUAAACUUCCAAAUUUAUGACAACGUAAGGGUGGAACCAACAGACCAGAGUUUCAUGGAUGCCAUCGAAUUUGCUAAAAAGGGGGAGUUUGACUCCUAUGUUGCCAUAGGCGGAGGUUCAGUUAUUGACACUUGUAAAACUGCUGAUCUGUACGCAUCCAGUCCUGAGUCAGAUUUCUUGGAUUAUGUCAAUGCUCCCAUUGGAAAAGGAAAGCCUGUCAAAGUCACUCUCAAACCACUGAUUGCAGUUCCUACAACAGCUGGAACUGGAAGCGAAACCACUGGGGUUGCUAUUUUUGAUUACAAAGAACUAAAAGUAAAAACUGGCAUUGCUUCUAGAGCCAUUAAACCCUAUUUGGGUAUAAUUGAUCCUCUGCACACUCUCUAUAUGCCUGAGCGGGUAGUAGCCAACAGUGGCUUUGAUGUGCUUUGCCAUGCUCUUGAAUCCUAUACUGCUCUUCCUUACAAUCAGCGCAGUCCCUGCCCUUCAAACCCAGUGAGCCGACCAGCUUACCAAGGAAGCAAUCCCAUCAGUGAUGUCUGGGCCAUCCAUGCACUGCAAAUUGUUGCUAAAUAUUUGAAGAGAGCCAUCAGGAACCCAGAGGAUCGAGAAGCAAGGGCUAAGAUGCAUCUAGCAAGUGUUUUUGCUGGAAUUGGCUUUGGAAAUGCUGGUGUACAUCUUUGCCAUGGAAUGUCUUAUCCUAUUUCUGGCCUAGUGAAGAAAUACAAAGCAAAGGAUUAUAAUGUGGAUCAUUCUCUUGUGCCACAUGGCCUUUCUGUUGUGCUCACGUCUCCAGCAGUGUUUACUUUCACAGCACCAAUGUGCCCUGAGCGUCACUUGGAAGCUGCCCAGAUAAUGGGAGCAAACAUCAGCACUGCCAAAAUGAAAGAUGCUGGGAUUAUUUUGGCAGAUACUCUGCGGAAAUUCUUAUUUGAUCUGAAUGUUGACGAUGGCUUAGCUGCUCUUGGUUACUCUAAAGCCGAUAUCCCUGCCUUAGUCAAAGGCACACUGCCUCAGGAAAGAGUGACUAAGUUAUCUCCUCGUCCACAAACUGAAGAAGAGUUAUCUACCCUGUUUGAAGCAUCCAUGAAAUUGUAUUAGUUUUGCAAAUCUAAUGCUUUAAAGUUCUAAAGUUUAUUUGUCAAGGGAGAAUGAAGCAGUUCAAAACAUAAAGAGUACUGUGGCGCUACCAACUACUCAGAUUUGUAUAAUUCAUGCUCAUUUCUGAAAAUUCACAUUUCCUCUGCUUGUUAGUGGAAAAAAUCAGUGAUGGGUUUUCCCCUCAUAACAGUGCACUAAAUGAACGUUUAGUUGGUCAUUUAUUGUCUUUGCUAUGAAGAGGGCCAAACAUUACAGAUUAAAAAAAUAAAACUUUACAAGUUUGGAAAAUG